GAAGAGAGAAAAAAAAAUAAAGCUUCGCAAAGCAUGACAUUUUUGUAUGGCACAAUUUUGACAAGGGCGUAAGCGAUACAAGCAGCACAAGCGGAUGGCCGCAAAAUAAUGGCAGCAUUUUUGAAGCUCCCCAGCCGUACAUCCGAGUGAAAAACCAAAUGGUACCAGCGUUCUUGCACGCAUGAAUGCAGGGCCACCCCUUUUUGAUGGGAAUAAGAGUGAACAUCCUGAGCUCCUCGUUUGUUACUUCCCCCAGGGCGCGUCCCCUCUGUGCAGACCAAACACAUGUUUAAGCAUUACGAAAACGCGGUGAAGAGAAUUAUGAAUGCCAAGUAUGAAAAUGAAAGCCUCGCGUCAACAGGGUCAGAGAAAAAUGGCGAUGAGGAAAAUUCUGCAUUGCUACAGAACAACGAGGCGACGGGAAUGAACAAGAAGAAAUCCAAAAAAACAAAUAACGAUAAUAGGAAGUACAAAUAUUAUGAAAACUUCUUUAACAAAAAGAGAAAUAAAAAAUGGAAUUAUUUUAUGAUUUUUUUUCUGGGCAUAUGUUUCGGCUUUGCCAUUUGGCCAUUCUUCAUGACCAUAAUCACGUAUAAAUUAUUUUACAAGGACAAUUUUAACAGCUCCAAUUUUAACACCAGCAACACGUCAGCGUCUUUGAAGCCUUACGGAAAUGACAGAAGUAAGAAAGGGGAAAAUGGCAAGGUGUCCGUAAAAGAUCAGUCCCAGAAAAAUUCCUCUCCCCAUUUUAGACCCAUCCGAUUUGAAGAAAUCGCCGGAAUUGAUGAAUCAAAAUUGGAACUCCUCGAAGUUGUUGACUUUAUAAGGAACAGAGAAAAGUACCAAGAAAUGGGCGCAAGAAUGCCUAAGGGGGUUCUCCUCGUUGGCCCUCCAGGCUCAGGCAAAACUAUGCUAGCUAGGGCAGUUGCCACAGAAGCAAAUGUCCCAUAUAUUUAUACCUCCGGCCCAGAGUUCAUCGAGAUAUAUGUAGGCCAAGGGGCGAAGCGAAUAAGACAGUUAUUUGCUCACGCAAGGUCAGUUGCUCCAUCGAUCGUUUUUAUUGACGAAAUUGAUGCCAUAGGAGGGAAGAGAAGUUCCGGUUCUGUGAAUGGCGCUGGGCAGAGAGAGCAUGACCAAACGCUUAACCAGUUGUUAGUCGAAAUGGAUGGGUUCAGCAACAGCAUCCAUAUUAUGGUAAUAGGUGCAACCAAUAGGAUAGAUACUCUAGAUAGUGCCCUACUACGGCCUGGCAGAUUCGAUCGAAUCGUUUAUGUCCCCCUACCGGAUGUUAAUGGGAGGAAAAGGAUCCUAGAAAUUUAUAUCAAAAAAAUUAAAAGCGAUUUAAAGGCAGAAGAUAUUGACAAGAUAGCCAGAUUGACUCCUGGUUUUUCAGGUGCCGACUUAGAAAAUGUGGUAAAUGAAGCAACAAUCCUUGCCACUAGAAAUAAAAAAAGUGUAGUCACCAUUGGGGAGCUGUUCGAAGCUAGGGAUAAAGUCUCCAUGGGCCCAGAGAGAAAAUCUCUAAGACAGUCCGACCAUCAGAGAAGAAUUACUGCCUAUCAUGAAGCGGGGCAUGCAAUCGUGGCGUAUUUUCUUCAACCCAAAACGGACCCAAUACAUAAGGCUACCAUUAUCUCAAGAGGAAACGCCCUUGGGUACGUAGAACAAAUCCCCGUGGAUGAUAGGCACAACUAUUUUAAAAGCCAAAUGGAAGCAAAACUAGCCGUUUGUAUGGGUGGAAGAACCGCGGAAGAAAUCGUUUUUGGAAAAUCUGAAACGAGCAGUGGUGCUUCUAGUGAUAUUUCUAGAGCCACCGAAAUUGCCUACAAAAUGGUAACCGAGUGGGGAAUGUCAGACAAGCUGGGCCCACUGAAUUAUAAGAAAAGAAUGGGAGACGGGUAUUCCUCAAACCGAUUAUCAGCUCAAACCAUUUCCACCAUUGAAGUGGAGGUGAAGGCGCUGGUCGAGAAGGGUAAAAGCUUAUCCGAAGAAAUUUUAAGAAGGCACAGAAAGGAACUGGACAAUUUAGCCUUUGCACUGCUCGAUAGGGAAACCCUAUCCGGAGAGGAAAUAAAAAAAAUUAUUGACCCAAACAACACGAGGGAUUACUCCGGCAAAGUGCCUGUUCUGAGUAAGGGCUCCAAAUCGGACGGUGCGGCAAGCGGCCCAGAAAAUGAGAAGCGGGAGGGAAAUUCCACGCGUGGGGGGGGAGGCAGCGCAAAUGGGAGCCAGCCAAAUGAGAGCCGCUCAAAUGAGGGCCUUCCAAAUGAGGGCCUUCCAAAUGUGGGUCUUCCAAAUGUGGGCCUUCCAAAUGACCGACAGGAAGUAAAACAGGCCGAUAAAGGAACCCCCGCGGAGGAACUCAAACGUGCUAGCAGCGACCAUGUGCUCAAAAAGAAGGGCAAACGAGGUGAACGGGAGAAGCACGGACAUGCACCCACCACAGAUAAUGGCAAAAUCGAAAUUGUGAGGAAGAGCGCCAAAAAUGCCGUCAAAAAGAUAAGGAAGAAAUAUGCUAAAGACCCCAAUGUUAAGAAUAAGAAAAUACUGAAAGUUGUGAAUGAGCAUAAACCGUACGACGCGGAUAGGAAGGCGGCUGGGGGAAAUUUCCAAAAUGAACAUGGAAGAAAUGGCAAAAAUGGGUUAAAUGGCGCAAAUGAUCCAAAUGGCCCAAAUGACCCAUUGGGAAAACUGGACAAACGCAGCUACCCGAAGGGGCCCUCGCCCGACGGCGGCAAUAACAACAGCGUGGUAAAAAAUAUGAGCGAAGUGUUGAGCAAGGAAUUUGCCCCCCCCUACGAACAAAACGGCGAUAACGAAAGCCCCGAUUUUGUAAAAGCGAAAGAAUUGACCCUUAACAAUUUCAAGGAGGCCGUGGACACGUCCCACAUAAAGAACGUCGGCGAAAUGAAGAAGUUCAACAUUUUUGAGCACAACUUGGGGAAACUCUUCCUCUUCGACAUUUUUGGCAGCUAG